AUGGAUAAACAACUCUUAAAGUGGGCCAUAACGAAUUCUAACACUGAUACUGCGGAAGGUGAGCAGCAACAACCUGCGCCUGACGUUAAAGAGAGAGGACAAAGGAGAAUUGAUCCUGAAAUCAUAGAUGCAAUAUUGGGUAAAAGUGAUGCUGUUCGCAUGAAAGAGGCUAUUGCUUCGAUUUCUGACCCUAAUGAAACCGUGGAAAAUAAAGAAAUUGCUUUUGACAAUUUGGAAAUGUUAGUUGAACAAAUAGAUAAUGCGAAUGAUAUCGAAAAAAUGAAUCUAUGGCCGAAACUGAUUUCGUUUCUUUCGUUUGCGGAGACUUCGCUGCGCAUACAAGCAUUAUGGGUGUGCGGAACUGCUGUACAAAAUAAUAUUAAAGCGCAAAAAGCGUUUAUUGAUCACGGAGGACUUAGAAUCGCACUUGAGAUGCUAAAGAAUACGAAUGAAGAUGGGGAAGUAAAAAGUAAAGCAUUGUAUGCUGUCUCAGGUUCGAUCAAACAUUACACACCAGGACUAGUACAAUUCGAAAAAGAAGGCGGAUAUGAAUCAUUAUUAACAUUACUGCAGACUUCAGAUAAUUUACCAACUCUUCGAAAAACAGUCUUUCUGUUUAAUACCCUUCUUUUGCAAAAUCCUGAGAUUGUCGCAAAGAAUAUCGAGGAAAAAGGUUUAUCAAGACAAAUGAUAAAAAUACUCGAGCAGUAUGGUGAGCAAGAUGAGGAUUUGACUCAUAAGAUCCUAGUCACAUUCCUAACCCUACUACGAAACUCGCCAAAAUCAUUGAGCCCCGAAGAAACUUCAGAACUCAAACACUCACUUCCCGAACUGAAAAAAAAGUACGGUAGUGAUGUCAUGUUGAGCGGUGGAGAGUGGGAUGAGUUGGAAAAGAAUUUAUCAAAUUGA